AUCAAGUACCUGAUGACGAAGAAAGUAUACAACAUGUGGAAUAUGUCGUGAGAUCGAGCACUGCACUAUGUAUCGAAGUGGUUUGAGAAUGGUGAAUGUUGAUUGCGUUUUACAAUGUUUUAGGCGGCAAUCAUCCAUCGUAGCACGAAGGUGUAUAUACAGGGGAAAAGGCGGUGGGAUAAGCGUGUUUACUACCCCUCAAAGCGCGGAUGUUUUCGUAGCCUGUUUGAACGAGGAAGAACGGCUAUUGCUUCGUGAAGCUCUAAGAAUACAUGAUCAAGCAGAUGUAGACACAGGAAAGGAAAACUCAGAUCCUCCUUCGGUGAAACAGUUAAGAUUAGUUGCAUUUCAUAAUGCCAUUCCAUUCAUUGGGUUUGGGUUCUUGGAUAAUGCUAUCAUGAUAAUUGCAGGUGAAUACAUAGAUUUAACAAUUGGAAUGACCCUAGGGAUUUCAACAAUGGCAGCUGCAGCCCUUGGUAAUAUUGUGUCUGAUGUCUGUGGAAUAGGCUUAGCUCAUUAUGUUGAGGCAGCAACAAAUAGACUUGGCUUUGAGAGCCCUAACCUUAGCUCAAAACAAACAGAGAUGCCAAGGACAAGAUUUGUAACAAACUUGGGAAGAGCCUUGGGUAUUGUCGUGGGAUGUUUCAUUGGGAUGUUUCCAUUACUCUUUUACAAAAGCAAAGAAGAUCAUGAAGAAAAGUCGACACCCAGUGAAAGCUAACAAUGAAAUAUUAAAAAAUAUAAGUAUAUAAAAUUUGGAAUUAGAAAGAUGGUAAGAUUUGAGCUGGGCAAAGAAAUAGAGAAAGAUGUUUUUCAUCUUGUCAUGAGCGUGGAACAAAGAAAAAAUUUGAAGUCCCCAGGGAAGGUUCAAGGUUGUAGGUUUGAUUUCUCAUGGGGACUCAGAAUUUUCUCUUUGUCCCAUGCUCAUGACAAAAUGAAAAACAUCUUUCUCUAAGUAUAUAAAAAUAGCUUCAUGACAAAAUUAACCUGCGUUGAAGGUGCUUGGUUUGAUAUGGUAUGAAUGAAAUAGGCAUUUUUUUUUGUUGCCUCUUUUGUUUGAGACUACAAUGUAGACUUGCCAUUGAAAAUCCCUAAUUCAUAAUUAGUAAUUCUUUAAAAAAUUAGUAAUUUACAGCCCAGCCAAUUGUCAGGUUGUAGGAAAUAUGCUAGCCUGCAGUGCAGGCGGAUUUUGGAGGGGCGAGUUAAUAUUCCCAUCGCUUGUUCAGGCUGCCAUCUUGAAUAAGAAAAACAGUGGAGGGUUGGGGUGAGGUAAAAAGUUUACCAAGUUAGUGGGAGGGAGAGAGAAAUCUCGCAUUCUUGCAUUCCUGCCCCAGUUCUCCCAGUCUGCAGCAAAUCCAACAUGGAGGCUAAACACUCGAAAGAUGAAAACCAUCAAAACUCCCUGCACUGCAGGCUAGAAAUAUGCAUCCUAACUUCACAGAGAACUCUUUACAUUAUUUUGGACAGUUCAUGAAAAUAUCCUAUUUUUGCAAGCAGUCUAUUAUCAUGACAUCAAUAGUGCCAGCAGUAACUACUUACCUCCUUCAUAUUUUGGAUAAUGGUCUUUGCCAUCUCAGAGAUGCUGAGGUUUUAUCGUUUUUACCAAUUUUUCAUCACACAACGGUCUGUGAAUUUAACUUUUGAGCAAUUGAACUUUUAGUUGCAGUUCUUGCUCAAAGUACAUAUAGUUGACAUGUUUAAAUUAUUUUACUUGAAAAUUUGGAAACUUAAUAAAUUCCCAGACACUAUU